GCCUCGGAGCGCAGACCCUGCCCCGCCGGGCGGCUGCGAGCGGUGACACUCGCCCUCCCGCGCCUCCCGGGGCGGAGGUGCCGCGGCUCCGCCACUAUGGACCGGCUCAGCGUGCUGGACCAGCUCCUGCCAGAGCUCAGCGUCUUGCUUAAACUGCUGGACCAUGAGUACCUGAGUGCCACCACACAGGAGAAGAAGCUGGCUGUCUCCACUAUCCUGCAGAAGCUGCAGCCACCCACAGGGAAGGACGUGGACUACAUGUACGUCAACACAGCAUCCCUGAGCAAUGGCACCAGCUUUGUGGAAUCUCUCUUCGAGGAGUUUGACUGUGACCUGCGGGAUCUCCAGGACAUGCAGGAGGAGGAGGGAGACACCAGUGAUGGUGUUAGCUUGGAGCCGAUGAGGAGCCAGACGGCAAAAAACAUUCCUGUGGAUCCUGCUCCACCACUGCCCACCACUCCUCCGCCUGAGGAUUACUAUGAAGAAGCCCUGCCCCUGGGCCCUGGCAAGGCUCCCGAGUACAUCACCUCCCGCAACAGCUCCAGCCCCCCCAACUCCAUAGAGGAUGGCUAUUACGAGGAUGCAGACAGCAAUUACCCAGUCACCAGGAUAAAUGGGGAACAAAAAACCUCUUACAAUGACUCGGAUGCGAUGAGCAGCUCUUACGAGUCGUAUGAUGAGGAGGAGGAGGAGGGGAAGGGCCAGCAGCUCACACACCAGUGGCCAUCGGAGGAAGCCUCCAUGAACCUGGUGAAGGAUUGCAGAAUUUGCGCUUUCCUGUUGCGCAAGAAGCGCUUUGGACAGUGGGCCAAGCAGCUCACCAUCAUACGGGACAACAAACUGCUGUGCUACAAAAGCUCCAAGGACCGGCAGCCACACAUGGAGGUGCCCCUGGUCUCCUGCAACGUCAUCUACGUCCCCAAGGAUGGGCGACGCAAGAAGCACGAGCUGCGGUUCUCACUGCCAGGGGCUGAAGCACUGGUGCUGGCUGUGCAGAGCAAGGAGCAAGCUGAGGAGUGGCUGAAGGUGAUAAAAGAAGCCAGCAGUCCAGCAGCAGGCGGGAUGGAAGCUCCCACCUCCCCGGUGAUGCCAUGCAAGAUGGACCUGGAUAAGCGGCUGUCGCAGGAGAAGCACACCUCUGACUCGGACAGUGUGGCGACGGCUGAGACCAGCUCUCCAGCAUCCCGCAGAGAGCCCAGUGAGCACGGGAAAGGCAAAAAGAGUGGCUUGGCCGACCUGAAGGGCUCAGUAAGCCGGGCAGCAGGGAAGAAGAUCACCAGGAUCAUCAGCUUCUCCAAGAAGAAGCCUUCCCCUGAGGACACGCAGACAUCCUCCACCGAGGAGGACAUCCCCUGCUGUGGAUACCUCAGCAUCUUGGUUAACCAGUGCUGGAAGGAGCGCUGGUGUCGCCUGAAGGGCAACACACUCUACUUCCACAAGGACCGCACCGACCUGCGGACCCACGUGAACGCCAUCAUCCUCCGGGGCUGUGAGGUGGUCCCGGGUCUGGGCCCCAAACACCCCUUUGCCUUCCGCAUCCUUCGCAAUGGGCAGGAGGUGGCAGCGCUGGAGGCAAGCUGCUCUGAAGACUUGGGCCGCUGGCUGGGUCUUCUCUUGGUGGAGACUGGCUCACAGACAGCACCAGAGGCAUUGCACUAUGACUACGUGGACGUGGAGACAAUUGCCAACAUAGUGACGGCUGUGAGGCACUCCUACCUAUGGGCCAGUUCUUCCCAGGACCACCAGCCAGACUCCUCCCGCGUGGUGUACGAUGACGUCCCCUAUGAGAAGGUUCAGGCUGAGGAGGAGCCAGCACGGCCGGCAGGAGCCCAGGUGAAGCGCCAUGCCUCCUCCUGCAGUGAGAAGUCACGGCGGGUGGACCCACAAGUCAAAGUAAAGAGGCACGCAUCAAAUGCCAACCAGUACAGGUACGGGAAGAACCGGGCUGAGGAGGACGCCAGACGAUUUCUGACGGAGAAGGAGAAGCUGGAGAAGGAGAAAGCAUCGAUCCGCAAUGAGCUGGUGUUGCUACGGAAAGAAAAGCGAGAGCUGCGGGAAGCAAUGAAGGGCAGCACAGGGUCAAAGCUGCAGGACCUGGAGCAGCGGGUGGCAGUGUUGGAGGAGCAGUGCCGGCAGAAAGAGGAGUACCGUGUGGACCUGGAGCUCAAGCUGACCGAAGUGAAGGAGCGGCUGAAGCAGUCGCUGGCAGGAGGGCCAGCCCUGGGGCUGGCUGUGACUGGCAAGGCUGAGAAUGAGGAAGCUACGAACAAGCCAAACGGGACCCCCCCUGAGCACUUGGUGCCUGUUAACUGUGCAGCUGAACUGAGAAAGAGAAGUCCCUCCAUCCUCCCUGCCAACAAGGGAAAUGUGCUACGGAAAGCCAAGGAAUGGGAAAAGAAGCAGACUUAAGCCAGGCUGUGGAAACACCUGCCAAGCCUCUGCCGGACGCUGAGGCUCAUGGAGGAGCCACAACCCCCUUUUCUCUGAGGCACCGGGACAGGGCUGAGAAGGCAUGUGGGGAGAGAGGUCCUCCCACACUCCACCACUGCAGCACCAUCAGCCUCGUGGGCAACACUAUAAACCAUGGGGAAGGGGGUGGGAGAGGGAUUUGGGAGGAGGGUGGGAAAGGGGAGUCCUUUGUGGAUCAUGGUCACAAACUACUGGGAAACCCGUCUCUGAGGUGAGCCUCCUCCAGGAGUUGGGCAUGAGGUGUAUGUGCCCAUGGUGGUGCAGAAGUAAGAAGAGGAGAGCCUGAUGGCUGGCAGCCAGCGUUCCGAUUUAUCAGGAUGAGCGUGUGCCACCCUGGCGAUGCUGGAGGCCAGGCUAACACUUUCUAAAGUGACCACAGACUCAUUGGGGAUUUUUGACUGCCUCAGUGUUGGGGUUCAUGAGCUGCUCAGGACUGGAUGCUUCAGAGACACUGAUCGUUUGCCCUGCUCACUGCUCCCAGCUCUGCAGGGUCUCAUCUCAGGGUUCCUCGUGUCUCGAGCUCGCUGUGCCUCAACCAAGUGCCUUUGUCCACUAUUUCCUUCUUGUCCUCCAGGCAGUAAGGGUGAGAGCACGCUGACUUCCCUUGGGAAUGCACAAAGCUCAAGUGUCGGCGUUUGAAAGCAAAUUAACAGUGGACACAUUUCAACCUUGCUAAACAGCUUAGAUGUGCUGCAAAGGGCUGAGGCUGGAGGCAGCCCAGCUCUCUCUGCCCUAGCCCCUUACCAGCUUUUGAGUGAGCAGGGAAAGGGAUGGGUUUGUCUCCUGGCCAACAGCACAUUCACAGUAUCGCUGCUGCAGUCAGACACGGUUUGCCAAGGCAUGUGGUCAAAAUGGAGCGAAGGGAAGUUUAAAAGUUAAAGAAAAAUAGGCUUUCAAUUGAGGGGACUGGAACAGAAAGGAAAAAUAGAGGAAGGUCAUUUAGCACUGGCAGUAACAAGGGACCGGAAUAAAAGGGAAAGGCCCAGGCUUUUGUGCCGGGAAAGGGAGCCAGCCCAUGGCCCACUCAUGCUAAUGACUGCCACAAUUAACCUUUGGAGCUCGCUCUUUCAAAGCCCUCUUGCUGGUAACUAGGUAAGCAGCUUUUAAUAAAAACGCUGGCACUGGUAUGCCCCUUCGUGGUGGAGGGACCAUGGUGGAUAAAACUACUCUUGCUCACAGGAAUGGGGCAGGACAGCUCUGAGGUGGGCUCGGCAUCCCUGUGGCAGUGGCUGCUGGGACUGGCAGGCUGGGUGAAUCUUGUAUGCUGGGUUAGAGACUGCAGUUAGCUCAGAGCCGUGAGCUUAGCUGCCUGCUGCCCAGGCUGGAGAGGCUCCCUGUCUGUCAGGGAUAAGGUGCAGGAGCAUUCCCAAAGUGCUCGUCCUCUUCUCUGCAGCAUCUUCCCUGUACUGGUUGCCAUUGCUUCUGUUGCCUCUGGGACUUGGAUCACCACCGUCACGUUUCAUCUCAGAAAAGGGAUGAAACCGCCUUUCCUCAAAGCAUCACCUCUGCCACUAAACAAACAAGGAAGCUGUGCCCACAGUGGGGAGAAAUGGAGCAGGACCACCAUAGCCUGUGAAAGCACAUCAUAGAACCACAGAACGGUUGGGGUUGGAACACACAUCAAAGAUCAUCCAGUUCCAACUCCCGGCCAUGGGCAGGGACACCUCCCACUAGAUAAGGCUGCUCAAAGCCUCAUCCAACCUGGCUUUGAACACCUCCAGGGAUGGGGCAUCCAUGACUUCUCUGGGCAACAUGGCCUUUCAAUUUACCCACGCUGCCAAGAAGCAGAGUUACCCGUUGGUGCACAAACCCCACAAAAAGCAUGUUCAGCAAUGAGGGCGAGCCAGACAGACGCUGGGGUGAGCUGUGCUGAGAGGACCAGCCUUAAACCCUAGGGGCUGAGUGAAACCCAUCGUAUGGCUCAUUGGGAAAAGCACCUCUGCGCUGCUUUGGCAUUGGUGCCACAGCGACACAAGGGGCUCAUCUGCGGGGUGAGGAAGCGAAAGGGAAGAUUCAUUCCUCAUGCCUUUGGUCCAGAGUGUGUCCAGA